AUGGACGCAGUUGAGGGUUCUAACUCAAAAAUUGCUACAUGGCCUUCUGAGAUAUCUCACUACUUUUUGGAGCGUAUUCUACACCAACAACAAAAGGGAAAUAAUGGAGAUAAUGGGUUGAAAAAAGAACAAUUUCAAGUAGUCUCAACUAAAUUAUAUGAUAGAUUUCAUAUGAAAUAUGACUGGGGACAGUGCCGCAAUCACUACAGGAUAUGGAAAGCAAGGCUGAAGUCGUUUGUUGACUUACAGAAAAAUAGUGGAAUGGGUUGGAAUGACCACGAGAAGCAGUUUGAUGCACCACAACAUAUGUGGAAUGAAUUAAAGAAAAAAGAGCGAAGAUUUUGGAAAGAGCAUAGAGUGCUUCCCAUUCACCUACAAAUGGUUGAAUGGCUGCGUAAUGAAAUUGCUACCGAGGCUGCAUCUUCACACCCAUCCAAUGCAAUCAAUGAGGACCAACCUUACAUUCCAAUGCCAAUUGAUGAAGAAAUUAGCUUGGACAAUUAUGAUGCUAUUGAUGAUAAUGUUAGUGAAAGUGGCCAUUAUACUCCCAAUGCAAGUAGCAGUCGUUCCCGUGGUAGGCCUAGUUCAGGGGUAACAAGUAAAGAGAAGAAGAAGAAAGGAGGUGCAGAGAAGGUUAGUAGUCCUUUGAAGGUGAUAGCCAAUGCAAUUGUGGAGAUGGCCAAGCAAGGCACCUGGAAGGAAUUUGCAAAAAACUUAUGUAUUGAGAUUGAUGCACUUCCAGGAGUUGAGUUUGAUAAAAAAUUGUGUGCUAAACAAUUCUUCAUGCAUCAUAAGGAAUUGGCUCCCAUCUUCUUGAAUGUCAAUAAGGCAGAUAAGCCUAAGGUGUUUGACCACUACAUAAAGAAUAUCGAAGAUGGUGGUCAAGAUUGUGGAUGUGUCGCUUUAUUUAUUUAUGAUUAG